AUGGCGGAAGUUGAUUCGACAGCAGAAGCCGGAUGGAAAAUUCUUGAUCAAAAGAUAUUAGAAUGUCACCGAAUACCUGCGAUCUUCCUCUCCAAUGUCCGAUCACGCUCGUUCGCUCCAUUCCCACUUCAGAUAACCCCUAAAAAUCGUUCCUUUCUUGUCUUCUUCUUCGCGAAAAAUGACCUUUUCAGCUGCAUCUGCAUCGGUCUCUCCUCCCGACCACUUCCCGCCGUCCCCCGGCGCUCGCUCCCUCUCGCUCCGCCGCCGCCGCCGCUUCCCCAUCGUCGUCGGACUCGGCAAUCUCCGUCGGAGGCCGCUCCGUCUCUCGGCGUCGCUCGCCGAGAGGAGCCUCGACCCUCGUGGGCCGACGAGGAUUGCGCGACCUCCGAUUCCGAUUUCAAUGGCUGGGCCGUGGUCGAAUCUCGGCCCCACAGGGCAAGAAAGGGAUUGCCAACGUAUGUUGUCGGGGCAGUUGGGACUUCACUCGCUGUUUUACUCGCUGUAAUUGCUCAUUACUCGCUGUCUAGAAAUGGGUAUAGUUUUCGUUUCGUCGAUCGGUUGCGAUCUUGGAGAAGUCUGUUGAAUCAGGCUGAAACUGAAGCUGUUGUGAGUGAGGAUUUGGACUCUGCUGUACCGGAUGGAAAGAGCAUUGUCUCCCAGGAUAGCCCGGAGGGUUUGUCUGAUUUAGUCAGCAACAAUGUGGUUUCAGACGGCUUAACAUCAAGGGAUAAGCAGCAGCGAGUUAUAGUUCCAGUUGCUGUAGAUUCUACUCAGCAGGAAGCUGUGAUGGUUCUGGAAAGACUGAAGGUUUGUUUUCUAGAAGCAAAAGAAAAUGACGUGUCUAGGAAGUCUUGCCUUUAA